UUGAGGGCGAUGUGCGAAGUCCGGGAAAUCCUCGCGUUGCGUCUGGAGAGAGAGGGAGAAAGCGAGAGACGGAGGGAGAGGCAGGGAGAGCCUCCCAUCUCUCUCUCGUCCCCUCUCCUCUAGUCUCUUGCUUUGGCGGUCGCUACAUCGUCGAGGAGGAGGUCUUCGUCGGGCGCGAUCUCCGACGCCUAUCGGGCGGUGGCUGGUCCCUGUAGAGUUGGCAUUCCGGAGGGGCUUGGGCAUCGGUUCCAGAUUAGAGAGAAAGUUUCCAACUCUGUUAUGACGGGGGAUGCUUCGUGCUUGUCUGUAGCCUGAGCUUAAAGGAAGUCGAACGAGGGGAGCGAUGGCACGGCGAGUAAGGAAAAGGGAUCGGCUCCGCUGGAGCCUGCUUUAUACUUUCGCCUGUGCCCGCCCGGCCGUGUUAGCGGAUGAUGAGCAAACCCCCUUCCUCCAAGGUCCCGGUUACUCCCGCAUUGUCCACUGCAACCAAUCCCAACUCCACGGCAAGAAGCCCCUCGAUUACUCAAGCAAUUAUAUCUCCACCACGAGGUACAAUGCCAUUACCUUCCUCCCCAAGGCGCUAUUUGAGCAAUUCCGUCGUGUAGCCAAUAUCUAUUUUCUCCUCGCUGCCAUCAUCUCCAUCACCCCUGUGUCCCCAUUCAACCCCAUGAGCAUGAUCGCGCCUCUGGCCUUUGUUGUCGGCCUCAGUAUGGCGAAAGAGGCACUGGAAGAUUGGCGGAGAUUUUAUCAGGACAUGAAAGUCAACAGCCGGAAGGUUAGCGUCCACAACGGGCAGGGGCAGUUUGGUUACAAACCUUGGCAGAAGAUUCGGGUUGGAGAUGUUGUCAAGGUCGAGAAAGACCGGUUCUUUCCGGCUGACUUGCUUCUACUUUCGUCAAGCUAUGAAGAUGGGAUAUGCUAUGUGGAGACUAUGAAUUUGGAUGGUGAGACGAAUUUGAAGGUCAAGAGGUCGCUGGAGGUAACGCUGGCUUUGGAAGAUGAUGAGGCUUUCAGGGAUUUUACAGCCACCCUAAGAUGUGAAGACCCGAAUCCUAAUCUCUACACUUUUGUGGGUAACCUUGAGUAUGAAAGACAAGUCUAUGCACUUGAUCCAAAUCAGGUUCUGCUCAGAGAUUCAAAGCUUAGGAACACUAGCUAUAUAUAUGGAGUGGUUAUCUUCACUGGUCAUGACAGCAAAGUUAUGCAGAAUGCGACAGAAUCACCAUCCAAGAGAAGCAGAAUUGAGAAGAAAAUGGAUAAGAUUAUAUACAUCCUCUUUACUGUUCUCGUACUCAUUUCACUGGUUAGCUCCAUAGGGUUUGCUGUGAUGACAAAAUAUGAUAUGCCGAAUUGGUGGUUCUUGGAACCAAAUAAUACAACAAGCUUGUAUGAUCCUUCAAAGCCAGUGUUAUCUGGUGUUUUUCAUAUGGUCACAGCCCUUAUUCUUUAUGGAUACCUAAUACCUAUUUCACUCUAUGUUUCUAUCGAAGUCGUCAAGGUCUUGCAAGCGACAUUCAUCAAUCAAGACGUUCUCAUGUAUGAUGAGGAGAUAGGAAAACCUGCACGAGCUCGGACUUCAAACUUAAAUGAGGAACUUGGGCAAGUCGAUACAAUUUUGUCGGACAAAACAGGCACUUUAACUUGCAAUCAGAUGGACUUUCUCAAGUGUUCCAUAGCUGGAGUUUCAUAUGGUGUACGUGCUAGUGAAGUGGAAAUUGCUGCUGCAAAGCAGCUGGCAUCGGAGGCCUCUGGUUCUCCUGAGCAUCAUGAUGACACUGAAGAACUUGGGGAGGAUAAUGCGGGUUUUUAUGGGACAUCAGAGAUUGAGUUGGCAAAUGGGAUUACUUGCAUGGUUGAGAAGUCACAUAAGCCUGCCAUAAAGGGUUUCAGUUUCGAAGAUGAUCGCCUAAUGCAUGGAAACUGGACAAACGAGCCCGCUGCCAGUACCAUUCUCAUGUUCUUCAGGAUACUUGCUUUGUGUCAAACAGCAAUUCCUGAGCACAAUAAGGAAACUGGUGGUUUCACCUAUGAAGCAGAAUCACCCGACGAAGGAGCAUUUCUUGUUGCAGCCAGGGAAUUCGGCUUUGAAUUCUGUAAGAGGACUCAGUCUAGCGUAUUCAUCAGGGAGAAAUAUUCUCCUUCCGAGGACCCUGUGGAGAGGGAGUUCAAGAUCCUCAAUCUGUUGGAAUUCAACAGCAAAAGGAAGAGAAUGUCAGUAAUUGUGCGUGAUGAGGGUGGGCAGAUCAUUCUUCUUUGCAAAGGUGCUGACAGCAUCAUCUUUGAUAGACUGUCAAAAAAUGGAAGACUGUACGAGAAUGAUACAAGCAAGCAUCUGAAUGAAUAUGGCGAAGCAGGCUUGCGGACAUUAGCACUGGCAUAUAGGAUGCUUGAUGAAUCUGAGUAUUCUGCUUGGAACACUGAUUUUCUAAAAGCAAAAACUACAAUUGGACCAGAUAGGGAAGCUCAAGUUGAGCGAGUCUCUGAGAAGAUGGAAAGGGAUUUGAUUCUUGUUGGUGCCACUGCUGUGGAAGACAAAUUACAGAGAGGAGUUCCACAGUGUAUAGACAAAUUAGCGCAAGCUGGUCUCAAGAUCUGGGUUCUGACGGGUGAUAAGAUUGAAACUGCAAUAAAUAUAGGAUUUGCUUGCAGUUUACUUAGGCAAGGCAUGAAACAAAUAUCUUUAUCCAUCACAAACAUUGACCUACUGACACAUGAUGCAAACAAGGGUGUGCGUUUACAUUUGAUGACUGAUCAGGCAGCAAAAGAGAACCUUUCGAUGCAAAUAACAAAUGCCUUCCAAAUGAUCAAGCUGGAGAAGGACCCAGAUGCAGCCUUUGCUUUAAUAAUUGAUGGGAAAACCCUAACAUAUGCUCUGGAGGAUGAUUUAAAGAAUCAGUUUUUGAGUCUAGCAGUUGAUUGUGCUUCUGUCAUAUGUUGCCGUGUCUCCCCAAAGCAGAAAGCAAUGGUGACUAGAUUGGUAAAAGAAGGUACAGGAAAAGUUACAUUAGCUGUAGGUGAUGGUGCAAAUGAUGUAGGCAUGAUUCAGGAGGCUGAUAUUGGUGUCGGCAUUAGUGGUGUAGAAGGGAUGCAGGCUGUGAUGGCUAGUGAUUUCUCCAUUUCCCAGUUCAGAUUCCUUGAACGGCUUCUUGUUGUACAUGGCCACUGGUGCUAUAAGAGGAUAGCACUUAUGAUUUGUUACUUCUUCUAUAAAAACAUCGCAUUCGGUCUGACAAUAUUCUACUUCGAGGCAUAUACUGGCUUCUCGGGGCAGUCAGUGUAUGACGACUGGUAUAUGCUACUAUUUAAUGUUGUGCUGACCUCAUUGCCAGUCAUAUCAUUAGGAGUCUUUGAGCAAGAUGUUUCUUCUGAAGUAUGCUUGCAGUUUCCAGCACUGUAUCAACAAGGGCCAAGGGACCUGUUCUUCGGUUGGUACAGGAUUAUCGGUUGGAUGUUUAAUGGUCUCUCUGCGUCCAUCAUCAUAUUUCUCCUCAACAUCGCAAUCUUCUACCACGGAGCAUUCUGUGCCGGUGGCCAGACUGCUGAUUUAGCUGCCGUCGGCACCACCAUGUUCACCUGCAUUAUCUGGGCUGUCAAUGUGCAAAUUGCCCUUAUCAUGAACCACUUCACAUGGAUCCAGCAUCUCUUUGUGUGGGGCAGUGUUGUCGCGUGGUAUCUCUUCUUGGUUGCCUAUGGAUUGUCUUCACCAACAAUCUCCGGGAAUUCCCACCAAAUACUCUCGGAAGCCCUCGGACCAGCACCCGUUUACUGGUCUGCCACACUUCUGGUUACUGCAGUCUGUAACAUUCCAUAUCUGGUUCACAUCUCCUUCCAGAGAACCUUCAAUCCACUGGACAACCAUGUGAUCCACGAAAUCAAACACUACAAGAAGGAUGUAGAAGACCAGCAUAUGUGGAAGAGAGAGAAGUCCAAGGCAAGGCAGAAAACCAAGAUUGGUUUCACUGCAAGGGUGGAUGCCAAGAUCAGGCAGCUCCGAGGAAAGUUACACAGGAAAGUCUCAUCAUUGACCAUUCAUACUGUAUCCUAACCUGUCAGCCACCGUAUCCAUGUCUGCAAAAAUUUUCUUUUUUUUCGUUGCCCCAUUGGUUAGUUUUGGUCUUUCACAUUUUGAUUACCCACCAAUUCGUUUUACACUACGCUUCUUGGGGAUGCUCGACACAAACUUCCCCUGCUUGUAUAAACCCUGCUGCUUUAUCACAUUUAUAGCCAUGUCCAAUCGAAGCUUCAUGGAAAUAGAUGAGGUAACAUAGAACCACA